CUCUUAAAAACCAGGUGUUAAUGGUCACCAAACGGUAGGUAUAUGUGACUUUACCAUGCAGUAAUAAUCUGUCUCACAUAAUGGUGGUGAAAUUAACACCAGCCAGCGGGCAAGAUUUAUCACUAAGCGGUGAAAAACAUUAUCACCAUUUGGUAAAGUCACAUAUGCACAUCGUUUGGUGACGAUUAACACCGGGUUUUUAAGAGUGUACAUACUCUAUACGUAGAUGUUCACCCUUAAUUUUAAUGUCACCCUUGUGAAAUAAUGUGGAUAUAAGAAAUUUGUCACCUAAUCGGUAGUAAACUUAUUACCAAUUUUUAUGCAUUUCCUUCACAGAAGUAGUAUUUACCAGUCUGGAAAGAAGCUAUUGAUUACCAUGGGGGGUAAAUCGCGACAUGUAUAUUUAUUCUUUUUUUGUUAAUUAUUCUUGCAAGAUUGUUUAGAGUGUGUAAAAAUAUCUUUUUACGCCAUGUCGCGUACAUAAUUUUGUUCUUUCAGUUUUUCCUUCUUACUUAAUCGUCCUGUUUCGUUUUGCGUUAUAUCUCCUUUUUUGGAUUAAAAUGUUUAAACAAAUUCGAUUUGGAUCCCAAAUGUUUGGAAUAAUUGUACUUUGGCCGGUUUUCGCCGUGAUUAUCGGAAUCAACGAAAUCCUUCGGUUAAUUGUCGCCAUGGCGCUGCUCUUUUCGAGAGAAUCCCUGGACCCGGAUGGCCUCGACAAUGUCGUUCAUGUCCAACAUAUAAGUAACCGAGUAGUUGUUGUGGCCCUUUAUACCAAUCAAUGCUUGACCUCGGCCGAUUUGGGGCACGAUUAUGACAAAUUUCGCGAAUGCAUCUUUAACAAACGAGACGCCAAAGGACGCUUAGUUUACGGGAAACUACGGCGCACCUCUGUUACCCGGUUUGGAUAUGGAUGUCACCGCAAUGAUGCCGGAAAUUUUCAACUGGCCAAUCAUGUAAAAUUUUACUCGGAAACGACCCCUCAGAAUGGCGAAUUCUUUACGGAGGACGAAUUUUCGGCAAAGAUCUUGCCUUUCCUCACCCAGACCAUGCCCACCACGAAGCCUCAAUGGGAAUGGUUACUAAUUCCCCGCCUCCAAAGAAAGGAUGGCACCCUCGGAUCAGUCCGCAUCUUUCGGUGGGAUCAUUCCUACAUGGAUGGCGCCUCGGUCGGUGUUCUCCUGGGCGAAUGCAUCUUUGACACGUGGCCUUCCUCCAAGAUUCCCUGGGUUGUGAAUCCCCACUCAGAAUUUCCCCCCAGAUAUCAGGAAGAAAUUGUUUUUUGCAAAAGUCUGGGCCAUCUUCAAUCUACCACUGAUGGUUUUCUUAAAUCUGUACACAAAACGGAGCAUACCUCAAAUAUUGGAUGAUCAAAGUCAAAACUACUUCACCGUUAAAAAAUACACGGAAAACACUACGUUCUCGCGGCCACGAUCAAUUUCCAUAAAAAGGAUAAACUCUGUACGGAAGGGGGGCGCAAGUAUGACUUCACAUUUUGCAGCCGCGCUAGGGAAAGCGUUGCGUAUACGAAGGAGAACGGGGGAACAUUUAAAUUUAAAGAACAUCCAAGGAGCCUCGGUGCAAGCCUUGCCGCCUUACAAGUCCGGCCCGGCUAAUCAAUUUAUGCCCCUCGUGGUAUCAAUCCCUUUGGAGGGAGGUCCUGUAAAAUCAGAGCUUGAUAUCACAUGCAUGUUUGGUAACGUCCUUUUCACCUGGGUGGGUCGGUUACCGGUCCGAUUGAUAAAUUUUAUAAUGCCCCCAUCCCUCGUGCCAGUUGGGCUUAAUAACAUCCCUUUCCUCAAGAAAUCUGGUAGUAUUGGUGGAAAAGACGUUACUGAAAUGGCUGCCUGGGAUUUACUAUAUUUACACGAAGGUCUUGAAGUGGUCGGUAUUGGGUAUGGCGAUAACUUUACGGUCAGUGGGCUAAGUCAGUUCCUCGAAAAAGAUGAGGUUGAAGAACUUUUAGACGAUUUGGCUAGGGAGAUACAGACUGAUGAGGGCUUUGAUGGUUCCUAUUAG